AGAUGCUGAAUGGUGAAUGGAAUAUGUGCUGCAGCGUCAUGUGUGUGUGACUCUAACAUCCCGUCUGUCUGUCCACAGAUGCUCCCACAGCAGGAAUGGGACCACAAAAGAAGUGCCCGAGGAUCUCAGCCAUCCGGUCUAAUGCAAUCUUCGGGCACCAGUGUGACGGUGGACAUCGCGGUGAUGGGCGAGGCCCAUGGACUGAUCUCAGAUCUGCUGGCUGAUCCCUCCCUCCCGCCGAACACCUGCAGCACCCUGCGGGCCGUCAGCAACCUGCUCAGCACCCAGGUCACCUUCCAGCCGCUGCACCACCGGCCGCGCCUGAGCCCCCUGCUGGCCUUCAGCGAUGGACACGCCUGCUCCGACUCAGAGGAGGUGCCGGAGAAAGGAGAGAGGCUGGCCAUCUCAAAGCGUUUGAAGCGGAGUUUGCAUCCGGGGCUUUUGAGACGGAUUUCUUCCCCGUGGACCACCACCACCUCAGCCACCGGCCUGCCCACCCUCGAACCCGGGCCGGUCAGAUGGGACCGCAGUGCCAGCAUCAAAGCACCUCAUGAUGGCCCUUCCAGCAGUUUGGUGAGCAGUGAUUCAUGCAACAACUCGGCUAUGCUCGGCCUUUCCAAGAGCAGGUCCAUGUCUGCUUCAUACACUGCCUCCUCCGCCACCAACCACAUCUAUAGCAAGAGCCGAAGAGGUUACCCUUCUUCCAACAUCUCACCUCUGGCUUCACCCUGCAACUCCCCUCCAGUCCAGGGCACUCCGCUCACCAGCCCCACCAACAAAAGCCCUUCAGUGGAGCUGCCGGACGCAGAGCUUCCGCCACCACAGAGCCCCCACAAAGCCUUAACCCACAGUCAGAGCGCCCCCAGCUCCAGCACCUCACAAUGGGUGCCGCCACUUUGUAGCAGCUGUGGAAGACCGUACGGUAAACUGAGACACGUGGACGGAUCCAUAGACGCAGGAGAUCGAACCCAACAGUCAGACGAGCCGCUGAUAAUGUCGUCAGGCUAUGACAGCACCUAUGAGACCAACCACAGUGACAGCAGCGACUUUGCACAGAACGAGGAAGACGGAGAGGGUCACAUGAAAGCCUGCGGGACGUUCCCGUCUCCAGCGCUCGCACUGGCCGCUCUCAUCCCAGCAGAGGAUAAGCCCAUCUUGGCCCCGGAGCCGCUCGUGAUGGUGGGCCUGGAGCCCCUCAUGAGUCAGAUCAACAACUGGAACUUCCCCAUCUUCAGUCUGGUGGAGAAAACCAACGGCAGAUGUGGCUGCAUCCUCAGCCAGGUGUCUUACCGGUUGUUUGUUGAUACGGGACUCUUUGAGACGUUCAAGAUUCCAGUGAGGGAGUUCAUGAACUAUUUCCACGCUCUGGAGAACGGAUACAGGGACAUCCCAUAUCACAAUAGGAUUCAUGCAACAGACGUCCUCCAUGCGGUUUGGUACCUCACUACCCAGCCUGUGCCUGGUUUACCUACACUGGCAUCACUGAGUGACUCGGACUCUGACGGUGGACUCGCUCACAGCCACUCAAAGUACCUGAUGUCCAAGACGUAUCCUGUAGAGGAGGAGGGUUACGGCUGUCUGUCCGGCCUCAUCCCCGCUCUGGAGCUGAUGGCGCUCUACGUAGCAGCCGCCAUGCAUGAUUACGACCAUCCCGGCAGGACCAACGCAUUCCUGGUGGCCACCAGCGCUCCUCAGGCUGUGCUUUAUAAUGACCGUUCGGUGCUGGAGAACCAUCACGCAGCGUCUGCCUGGAAUCUCUUCAUGUCGCGGCCUGAGUACAAUUUUUUGGCCAGUCUGGACAACAUGGACUUCAAACGCUUUCGCUUCCUGGUCAUCGAGGCCAUACUGGCCACCGACCUCAAGAAACACUUCGACUUUCUGGCUGAAUUCAACGCCAAAGUGGGAGAUGAUGGAUGCUCGAGCAUCGAUUGGACUAAUGAGAAUGAUCGUCUGCUGGUCUGUCAGAUGUGUAUUAAGUUAGCGGAUAUAAACGGUCCGUUGAAAAGCAAGGAGCUUCAUUUGCAGUGGACGGAAGGCAUCGUCAAUGAGUUUUAUGAACAGGGUGAUGAAGAGUCCAGUUUGGGCCUUCCCAUCAGCCCCUUCAUGGACCGCACAGCACCGCAGUUGGCCAAACUGCAGGAGUCCUUCAUCACACACAUCGUCGGGCCUCUCUGCAGCUCUUAUGAUUCAGCCGCCCUCAUGCCUGGCCACUGGGUCGACCCUCUGCCCAAAGAGGGCGAAAAUGCUGAGGAAGAGACGGAUGAAGAGGAGGAGGAGGAAGACACACCAGAGGAAGAUGCCUCCACCAGCUCAGAACUUUCCCAGAAACCAGCACCCAAGAAACGACGGAAAGUGUUCUGCCAGAUCACCCAGCACCUGCUGGAGAACCAUGAGAUGUGGAAGAAGGUCAUUGCAGAAGAGUCCCAGAGCCAGACAGAAGGGGAGGAGUCCACACGCCUCACAAACACCCCUGAGCCAAUCCUAGCCAUCGAUGAGGAGGAGGAGGAGCCAGGGAGCAAGGAGGAGCCUGCAGACGACCAGGAGGAGGAGACAACUGAGGAGGAGGAGAGUCCUGUACCUGACGAGACACAUGAAACAGAGGAAACAGAUGGUGAGACUGUAGAGGAAGCGGCCGAGACUGCGAAGAGAGACACGGUGACUGUAGAAAACGAUGCGGAGCUAAUGGGAAAACGAGAGGAAGACGAGAAAGAGGAUCCGGAAUGAAAGACUUGCCCGUUUUAGACGUUGUCUAAAAGCUUUUUAUCGGCGAGACUUCUAAGAAAUGGUUGCCAGCACAUCACUUAGACACAACACUGUAGAUGCUUGGGGAACAUGUGCCUAAAGGAAACAGGGUGGGGUGGGGUGGUUCGGGAUGAAGGGUUUGAGUAACAAUGAGCAGGCGGUGAACUAUUGAGGUUUGAUUCUAAAAUUGGCCAGGACAUAGAGUUCUCCAGGGGGGUUCCUAUAUUUUCUAGACUUACGUUGGUCAGUUUUCAAAUCCUUCUGGCGAAGCCCUCUCCAGCUGCACCUUAACCCCCAAAACUACGACAGGGGUCCCAAUGAUCUGCGGCGACACGUUUUGCAGGCUCAACAAGCAUUUCCAAGGAGCUUAGCGUGAAAGUCGGGAACGAGAAACCAAUCCACCGUGACUCUCGCCGGUUCGCGUAUCCCAUCAUCGGCAGCGGACGAAAGCAAACGCUCCAGAAACUGCAUGCGGUUGCGAAAAUGCUACGAAGAGAUACACUUUGUGUUUGCGUGUCUGUCCCGCCAUUGCUCUUUCUUUUUCCUUUCCAGAGCAUCACUAUAGCAAACGCUUGCGCCAUUGUCUCAUUUCUGAAGGCGUCGAGCCGAAUGCUUGUCCUUCUCUUCCCUGACCGUUUUCCCUCGCCAUUCCAUGAACUGAGAUUUUACGUUUCUCAGGAUCAGACUGUUUUCUGAUAACUAUACAAGGAGUCAUUGGUUUUUACAGACUUUCUUGCAACUUUCUAAUCUUUUGGAUCUUGAAUUGUGGACAAAGGGUAUCUUUAGUUGUUUUGUAAACUGUAACUUCUUUAAGACGCCAAUGGCCUUUUAGCCCAAUCGUUGUUUUACCAGGUGAUUUGAUAUAUAUACACAUGCAUAGGACGUGCAAUAGUACAUCACGUCAUCCCUAGUCAUUGGUGUACCGUCCGAAACUACAGACACUCUUAUUCUCCCCCUUCUGUUCUUGCAUUUAAUUGAGUUUUGAGAGCCAAGAAAACUGCUGUAGCAAGUUUGGCUGAUCAAAGGUGCAAACUGGGAUGACGGAAAGGCCUCAGGCUCCCACAGUCGCAUGUUUUCCCUCUGAACAAGACUGUGGUUACGCUUUACAUUCAUCUCACGCUGCAGCCGCGGUCGUGCAGGCAGGCGUGUGAGCGACUGCGAGCUCCUCAGCCCAAGGAAUGAAACGACGAACGCCAACCCUCUCACAUGAGAGCAUGUGCCGCACAUGAGAUACGCGCACCGGUCGACACGGCUGUCCGCGCUCGCCUUUGAUGUGCCGAAAGAGGCAGAUUGCUCGCGGCGGCGAGAUGAAACACUUCUGCGGGCUUAAUCACCUCGAGUCCGAUGUCUAAUCGGAUGCCUUCAGUCACUUUGAAGGAGAGCCAAUUAAAAACACCUAGGUAGGACACGGCGGUCAUGUGCUCAUCUUUGAAACGUCCCCUUCGAUCGCAAUGCAGUGUAAGCCUUAAUAUUAUCAGGCAAUGUGGUGCAAUGAAGUCCGUCCGGCGAAUUAUUUAAGCAAUACCGACCCUAUGUGUACAGCAGAUUGGUAGCAUUUCUAGUUGCACUUUCUUUUGGUUGCUGUGUAAAUCUCACACAGCUCAAGUGUGUGUGUGCCAAAUAUGACUUCAAAUCCAUUCUCCCCAAAGUAUGAAACACCAUCAGGAGCAUGUAAAGGCCAUGUAUGCUUGUGAGUAUGUGUGGCGAUGCAGUAUGAGUGCUUUUUAUUUGUACAUGGCCCUAAUUUUAGAGGGUAUAUAAUAUUUGUGCAUUAGGCCGUAGAUUUGUAAUCCCAGGCCAGAAAUAUUAACCCUUUGGUGCAUGAGUUAUUAAAUCACUAAUUAAAAGUCUUAAUGUUUUUAUUUCCUUUUUUAAAACAAAAAUAUAUUAAUUCCCAGUCUAAUAACGCAUUUUGAGAGCACUACAGUCCACUCCAAUAAGAGAUAGUAGUUGUUAUGUGGUGCAUUACUUUUGUUUGCCAUUUUGAAUUUAGGUUGCUAUAAAGCAGAAAAUAUAAAAAGAAUUGCCACAAUGAAUUAUGGAUAAGGGUUAAAAGUCAACACCUUAAAAAUGACUGACUAGUGUAGUGGACAUCAUGCAUCAAAGUGUUAAAUUAUACAGGUGUCUACGCUGUGUAUUUCCCAAAAUAAAAUGAACUUAUCGUAAUAAUAAAAUCCCCCUAAAUAAGCCAUCAUACCCCAAAUCAGAGAUAUUAACCCUUUGGUGCAUGAAUUAUUACAUCACAAAUAAAACUAUAAUGUUUUUAUUACUUUUUUAAAACAAAAAUAUAUUAAUUCCUAGCCUCUAUUUUUUUUUCUUUUUUGUUUAAAUAAUGCAUUUGAGAGUGUUACUGAGCAUUGCAUUAAAAGAUAGGGAUUGCUAUGUGGUCUAUCAUUUUUGUUUGCAAUUUUGAAUUUAUGUUGCCAUAAUAAAACAUAAAAAAAGGAUUGUCACAAUGAAUUAUGGAUAAGAGUUAUCGCCUUAAAAAAUGCUUUUAAAGAUCUGUCCACUGUAGUGGACAUCAUGCAUCAAAGUGUUAAAUUAUACAGUGAAAACUACUGUAUAUUUCCCAAAAUAAUAUCAUAACCUACAAUCAAAUCCUGAGGAAUAAAAUACAUUAUUUCCCAAUUUCACUAAGAAAUAUGUGACAUUAUGGAAGAAUCUAUUAUGCAAUAUAGCUCCGCCCCUUUCAUCUUACUUUUACUCCGUUUGAGAAAUUUCUGUCAUUAGUGAUUAGCAUAAGAGCAGUGAGGACGUGGUGAAGAGGACUGGGAAUUACCUGACUGCGAGUCUUUGACGUUUAAAGGUCAUUGAUACUGAUCAAAGUGUUUCAAACCCAGAAUCAUCAAAGAUGCCCAGAUUUGCUUCCACCGAGAGAGUAUUCAGAGAGACUCAACAAAAACUGUGGAAUUAGCCAGCGAAUCCUACACGUUUGAUGCGCUCGCGCGUGCGUGCACUGCAUGAUUGCGUGUUUUGGCAUGGCAACAUGCGUCUCUGUCCUCCACCGUGCCUCCCAUCAGUGGGUUUUCAGCUCUGAUCUGCGUUCGGUAGCUCUGAUUCAAGAUUCUCAAGUCAGAGUGGGCAGCACAAAUUUUUUAACGUCGUAAAGUACCGGUUUGGAUGGGUUCAUAAUGGCAUUUUCACUAAUUUCAUCUUUUUUUACACGUAGCAGAUGCCCUUAGGAGUGAAAUAAAUUACAGUCUGUACAGUUAGGCUCAAAAUCCUGUGCAGGUAUUUCAGAAAUGCACGAUAACUUGCUAGUUUGUGUGUAAAGUGUAGUCUCCUCAUUCCAAAUCUUUUUGAUUGUCAGUAUAGACGGUUUGACUGGCAUGUCAGGUUCACCGGAUGUCGACACGAGAGACAAAAAAAAGGUUACACGUCACAUAAGAGGCCGAUCUUUUGAUAUUUUUCCUUUGCAUUUCCUGGUCAACGCUCGUUCCUUCAUCUUCAGCUGUACACGUCUGAUAACCAUGUCCACUCGUUUCGUUCACCUCGAGAACCAAACAAGCUUUACACCUCUCUGAGAAAGAGAAAUGAGACUUGUACGUUUUUUUAUAUAGUCUGCACUUCACUGACAAAAUAAUUAUUUUUCUUCUCACUUGUAUCUUGCACUUAACACAUGUAGCAAUACCUAUAGAAAGGGGAACUGUGUAAAUCACCAGUAUUCGUAAAGUGAAAUAUUCAUUUUAUCGCUGAUUGUUGUUCCAUUUUGUACAAAAUGAUAUUGUGUACAGGUUAAAAAUGAAACAAAACAAAAACAAAGCCAAAAAAAGGGACAAAAAGAUGAAGACGACAACCGAAGUCUUUUAGAUAAACAUUAUUUAUUUUUACUGUUUUGUAAUUUAGACACUAUACUGUAGCUCCUCUAUUGCCAGACUUACUGGAAGUGCCUCUUGGUAUAAUGUAACAUACAGAAAAUAUAUAUUGAGAUUAUUAGAACCUGUCACAAGCUGAACAUUGUGGAUGUUGUAAUGUGAAUACAGUUUAAUAAUACGAGUGAAAUACCUGUGGUA